AUAAGAGGAAAGGCUGAAAAAGGCGAGUAUCUCAGACUGGUCCUAAACAUUUUAGUCACAGUGAAGAGAUCAUCCACAAAGUACUCCUUUAUGGUUUAUGGUAGCAUAGAAAUGACCCCAGGAACUUAAAAUUUAGGUCAACAGAUUAUUAUUUCUGCCAAGUCGGUAAGUCUGACUAUGGCCCCAAAAUGAACCUACUAUCCAAAGACCAUUUCUAGCUAUGUCCAAAAAUACCAGAAGUUUGGUCACCAGGUAAUGAGUUGGCCAGAGCUCAUCUAUGAACACAUUGUGGAACAGUUGUGAUCUGCAUCAGCAGAGGGACUUUCCAUAUCCAGUGAAACCACUUGAUUUCAUGGUGAGAUAAAGAGAGAAAGAUGCCUUUGUAUUUCUACUGCACCAACCAAAGGUCUCCAGGUCUGGAAACAAUUUCUACAUAUGCCUCUCUCACCAAUUAUAUUCUCUCCUUGGAAGCCAAGAUGAUGAAACUGAAGCUGUCCUACUUUGGCCACAUCAUGAGAGCGCACAAAUCACUGGAAAGGACAAUAAUGCUAGGAAAGGUGGAGAGUAGCAGAAAGGAAGGAAGGCCACAUAUUGGAUAGACUGACUUCUAAGUCUGCAAGACCUGAGCAGAGUGGUUGAGAACAGCAGAGCUUGGAAGUGUCUCGCUCACAGAAUUGCCAUGCAUCAAAGCCGACUUGAAUGCAGUUAACAACAACAAACACGGAGUAUAAUAAAACUUCUCCCUUCCAUUUCUCCUGCCAUGAAGUACAGUUAAGAACUGAAAAUGUCUCUUUGAAGACUGAAGCCUUUGUCGGUACAAACAGAAGCAUUCUUAAUCACUUCUCCGUUCUUGGUGCUUCCUGCAUCAAGUAUUGAUAAACUUCCUCUUUCUGUCAAAAUAGGAUCCCUUUUGCAAUGUGCGAGCCGCCAGACAUUGCAAACUCUUUGCUGCGUUCUCACUUCCCUGCUCUUGGGAGGAUUAAAAAUGCAUGCGUACAAACAAGAAGCUGGUUAGUACAAGAGACGGUAUCAAACAGAAGGCAAGCUUCAACCAUCUCACUCCCUCGCUGCCUUCUAUUCUCGCUUCAGAAGAGUUUGCCAGCAUCAAGACAACAAUGGACGUCAAUCCUGCCGUCUUCAUUUUCUUCUACGGACAAAUGUGGUGGAACCACGUCUCCGCAGAGACACAGGGGCCUGCAAAUUUUUCGUCUCCAACUAUGCUUCCAACUGUCGCAACAACGGUAGGCGAUACCGAGAUCACAUCCCAAACGUAUCUGACUCAAACAAGAAAAUUGGGAGACUCCAUCAAGAACAAUAGGCCACUGUCUACUGCAAAGCCCCAACAUCCCAUAACGGAGGAGCCCAAAUCUCACAAUGAACACAUAAUAGCUGCAGUGGUAAUUGGGGUCAUCCUGAUUGUCAUGAUUGUUGUUAUUGUCAGCAUCUUCCUAUGGAGGCGAUGGAAGACGGCAGAUUUGCCCCUUCCCCACUGGGCAGGGCGCUCCCCCUUUGCGGAUGGAGACCUGCCAGAGAUCGCCACAGAUAAAGAAGUGGCCAAUGGUCUGAAGCGGGUCUCUGUCCUCUCGCUCUUGCCCUGGAAGUUUAACAAGGAGACGCAGCUGCUCGAACCCGCAGAAGGCUCCUUGUCUGAAUCCAAGCAGAAUCUGGAUGCGUUGUCUAGAUGCGACACCGAGGAGACAGAGUCCAGCCCCACAGUAACAGGGAACUCAGUAUCAUCAACAAGUGAACAAACAGCAAUCUCUGGGGAACCAGGCAGCUUGGUUGAAGUUCCACUUCAGGCGCAUAGCCCUGAGCCUCUCGAUCUGCCUCCGCCACCCAGCUGGAUUGGUGGCACUACUGGAGACCUCUGUCCUGGUCCGUCCGAGUCCUUUUCACCUGAACCCAAUGCAGAAAUCCAGUGUCCGGUGCCUGACGUCUCGUACCAAAACCCGAGUGAAACACUGCUACUUCCUCCGCCACCAGAUGAACUCUUAUCUAACUGAUUUAAAGGUCUUUGCUGAAUUCCUUUGCAAAAAAAAAAACCCCACCCCAAAAUGCUUUUUGUGAGUACUGCUCAAGUUAGGACUGUAAGAUCAAUACACUCAUCUAUUUCAGCAUCUCAUGUUCUUAGCACCGAUGAACCAAAUGCCUUCGCAAUAACCACAAGUAGGGCACAAUAUACUGCCUCUCUCUUUGGAGCUUCAUCCGAUAAAACUCUACUAAUUUGUGCUCUUUUAUAAGACUAAAAAUUUGGGCCAUUUCCUUGCUUUCUGUUUAUUUUUUUAUAUUCUGAAUUUUCCAGAUGUACUCUCUGAAUGUAUACUGUCUCUUGAUUUAAAUUAAACUGUGUUAACAUUAAUAAAUACAUUGCAAGAAAAAAAAGAAAAAGAAACGAUGCGCUACAGGAGAGUUCUACGGAUACCAUGGACUACCAAAAAGACAAAUGAAUUGGCUCUAAGGCUAGGAUCCAAAAGGACUAAACUAUGGCUGUUGUACCUGGGACAGAUCACAACAAUUACGGGUUGAGCCUUCCUUUUCUGGAAUUCCAAAAUCUGAAUUAUUCCAUGCAUAUUUUCAUAAGCAACCACUGGGCGCACAAAGUCACAUGCGUUUUUUUGUCACUGCGUCUUCGGAGGAUUAAGACGUCCAUGUUUUUAAAAAGCAUCUUCCAGCUUAAUGUGAUUAAACUUAGGGAGAAAAAAUAGU